UAAAUACCGCCGGCGUGUGGCAGAGGGAGACUCGACUCGCCUUGUGCGUACUCAUAUGACAGCUCGACUUUUAAGUGAUAGCAGCUGGGACUUGUGCUCUCCCCCCCUGUGACCAUCUCAACAGUUCGGUCACGUUUAGCAUCCCGAUCCUGCUGUUUGCAACACUUCCAACGGAAUAUACCAACUUUUUUCUUCUACGGACAAAAGUUUCAAUAAUGCCAGCUGAUACUAUGGAGAAACAGACAGCGUCUCCGAUUGCUGGUGCUCCUGCAAGCGGAACACACACCCCGGACAAACCAAAGAAUGCUAGUGAGCAUAGAAAGUCUUCAAAGCCAAUCAUGGAGAAACGCCGCAGAGCAAGAAUCAACGAAAGCCUAGGCCAACUCAAGACCCUCAUUCUUGAUGCUCUUAAAAAAGAUAGCUCGAGACACUCUAAACUGGAGAAAGCUGAUAUUCUGGAGAUGACAGUGAAGCACUUGAGGAACUUGCAGCGAGUUCAGAUGACUGCAGCCAUGUCAACUGACACCGCCGUCCUGAGCAAAUACCGCGCAGGAUUCAGCGAGUGCAUGAACGAGGUGACGCGCUUUCUGUCCACGUGCGAAGGCGUAAACACGGAGGUGCGCUCGCGGCUCCUGAACCACCUGUCCGGCUGUUUGGGACAGAUGAUGGCCUUGAAUUACCCGGCGGCUGCAGCAGCGCAGCAUCCUCACCUAGCACAGCCUCUGAACGUGCAGCUUCCCUCCUCCGCAGUGAGCUCCAAGCUGAGCCCGUCGGAAGCGGUGCCGUCCAAAGUGUUCGGGGGCUUCCAGCUGGUGCCUGCCACUGACGGACAGUUCGCCUUUCUCAUCCCUAACCCAGCGUUUGCCUCCGCUACCACCCCGGUCAUCCCUCUCUACGCUAAUGCCGGAGUUCCGGUGGCUGUCAGCGCGAGCCCUGUGCACGCGAGCUCGGCCCCGCCGGCGGUCUCCCCGGUGCAGGGCAUGACCUCGUUCGCGGGCGUGUCGCAAGCCGCGAGUCCGGUUGGUGUGAGCGCGGGCCCGGAGAGCAGCGAGCCGGUGUGGCGGCCCUGGUAAACCUCCGUGCGUCACCAAGAACAAAAACUGUUGAGUUCCGUUUUAUGGGACUGUUUUACGCUGUUGUUGAGCAUGUUGUUCAUGUUGAAAUGUUACCUGUUUCCAAUAUUUGGAUUUGUUUGAUACAUAUUCUGUUAAUUCGAUAGAAAAAACACUCAGAAGUACUUUUUAUUAAAUAAUUUAGUUUUGUACAAAGUUUGUAAAAGAUGCCAAAGUGUUAUUGUCAUGUUUUCAUUUGAAUGUUUGAUGUUGAAUAAACCUUAAUAACAAAA